AUGCUUGUAUAUACAGCCAAGCCAUUAAUUCGUGAUUUAUCAGAAAAACUACCAGAGAAAUCGUCGAAACCUGGUGAAGAAAGCGAUAUUCAGCAAUUUCCUAAAACUUUUGGUUCACGUUUGAGGACAUCUUACACCAAACUAGUUGAUCUACCACCACCUCCACUUUUUGAUCCGAAAUUGCUUCAAGGUAUUUAUAAAAUAAAUAAUAAAUUCAUUGCAAAAAUAAAAUAAAA